AUGGCCACUCGUGAAGGGAUCAAUCCUUUGCGGCCAUAUUAUAUCCCCCAGUCGGGCUUAUCGCCCACCGCCACAAAUGUCACUGCCGAAGUGACGUCGUCCUCUUCGGCCCAAGUGUUUGGGAGCUCGGCGCGCGACCUCAUCCCGGAUAUUGACUAUGCCGACUAUCUCGACUCUUCGCCGUCGGUAUCAGAUUGGGUUCGCGAUGCUCUGAACCGUGCACUUGUGCGAUACAGCAAGGUCCUCACUGCGCAGCCUUUCGAUGUCGCCAAAACCAUCCUGCAGGUGUAUGUCGUACCAGAUCCUAUCGAGGAACAGGAGGAGCGGAAGGGAGCUCCGGCAGCUGAAGGAAGCUCGUAUGACUCGGACUUUGAAUCAUCAGGAGAUGAGAGCAUUUACUUCACAUCGGCAGCACCGGCCACGCCGACCCCGACAACACCACGAUCCCGAAGGGGUCGGCACCAUCACAUCACCGACCGCAGUGGCUACAUUCGCCCAGAGACGGCACCAGCACCGUCCAAACAUGCGCUGACUCUCCGCAAUCCAAACUCCUUAAUGGAUGUUCUCUCCCAGCUUUGGUCGACGAGCGGGCCAAGCUCUCCGUGGAAGUCAUCCAACGCGACCUUUAUCUACUCGCUACUCCUUCCAACACUCAAUACAUUCAUUCGCAGCCUUUUGUCUGCCAUCGUGGGCUUGCCAGAGGAGGACAUUGCGUCGUCCAUGGCAGCUGAUAUUCUGACCGCACCCUCGCCGCUCGCCACACUCAUCCUCUCCUUCAUCUCAUCGUCCCUCUCCGCGAUCAUCCUCUCCCCCAUCGACACAGCGCGCACCUUCCUAAUGCUCACGCCUGCCACCCACGGUCCACGGUCUCUUAUCCGCGCUAUCCGCCAGCUUCCCACCCCCAACUGCACCAUCCCACCCCACCUCGUGCCAAUCACCAUUCUCCACUCCAGCUUGCCCAACUUCAUCACGACAUCAGCCCCACUCUUCCUCAGAUCUUACCUUUCAAUUGACCCCCUCCUCAACCCCUCCAUGUGGAAUCUCUUCAGCUUCCUCAGCUCCGGCCUCGAGCUCGCCGUGCGCUUCCCCCUCGAAACCGUCCUUCGCCGCGCCCAAAUCGCAACCUACACUUCCCUCAGUCUGCGCCAGAAAUCCUCCGGCGGCAGCAUUUCCGCUGCAUCCAUCGAUGCGUCAGACGUAGAAACUAUCGUCCCUACGCCACGCACCUACCGUGGUAUUGUUGGUACCAUGUGGCAUAUCGUCCACGAGGAGGGCGUCAGCUCUGUGCCGUCUGAUGCGGAGCGUGCCCGCAUCGCCGUUGGCCGACCUACCACUCAGCAGCAGGUCUCGAAGCGCCGGCAGGGCCAGGGUAUCCAGGGCCUGUACCGUGGCUGGCGCAUUGGUAUGUGGGGUAUUGCUGGCAUCUGGGGAGCCAGCCUUCUCGGUGGAUUCGCCGGCGCGAGCGAGGAAGAAAUGACCAUGCUAGGUGGACACGGCAGUUCCAGCGGUGGGCGCUUCUAA